CUAAUCCUUUACCACUUGGACCGCCCCUGUUAGCUAUGUAGAUUAUAACCUAUCGUUCUUUGGGUAAAUCUUUUUGUUCAUUGAAUUGAAAUGGCCAUUAUUUUUUUUCAGAUAGAGAGAAAAAAGUGAAAAAAAAAUAUGGAGCUGAAAAAAAUACAUUUUAUAUGUCCCACGGAUGCCACGCAGAGUGCCUCCCUAUCCCGAAUCCCAAAAUAGUGAAAUACAAGUGGGAAAACGACGGGCCAAUGUAUUCAAAUCGGAUGGAGCUGGAGAAAAGAGUUCGACAGUAUCGAGGGGGUCGGAUUUGGUGUACAAAAUCAUCAUCUCCUAAUUAACCACACAAAAAAACCAUCUGUAUUUGUUUUGGAUAAACCACAACCAACCACUUCCUCCAAUCUCAAUCUCUCUGAUCUCACUCACUACUCCAGAUUUCCCAGUUUAAUAAGCUCUUAAUUUACCAACCUCAAAUUCACUCACCCCCCCUGCUUCUCUCUCUUCUUCUAGGGUUCUUCCUUAAAAUUCCUUUGCACAGUUAGGAAAUCAACGAUUUCUUUCUUUCUUUUUUUUUUUUUUUAAUAAAAAAACUGUUAAUGGAGGCCAGUGCGCUGCGGCGUCUUGCGGUUCUUUCAUCCCAUAUUCGCAGCAAUCCAGUUGCGGAAUCCGUGCCAGCUCAAUCCGUUUUUGCUUCAGCUUGUGCUUCUUCUGAGCCUCAAGAAAUCCAAGAAGAUGAUUGUGUUUUUUGCAAGAUCAUUCGUGGCCAAUCCCCUGCUUUGAAGAUAUACGAAGAUGAUGUAUGCUUAUGCAUUUUGGAUGUAAAUCCUCUGAGUCAGGGGCACUGUCUCGUCAUCCCAAAACAACAUUUUUCUUCAUUGGAGGCAACUCCUCCAGCUGUUGUUGCUGCUAUGUGUUCUAAAGUACCUUUAAUUAGCAAAGCUGUGAAGAAAGCUACCGGAUGUGAUUCAUUCAAUUUGUUGGUGAACAAUGGUGCUGCUGCUGGCCAAGUUAUAUUCCAUACUCACAUCCAUAUAAUCCCUCGCAAGGCAAGCGAUUGCUUAUGGGCUUCUGAGAGUUUGCGGAGGCGGAAAUUGAAGUUGGAUCAGGAAGCAGCGCGACUUGCACAUAGCAUUAGAGAACGGUUACAGUCAUUGGACAAUUUUGAGGAUAUGAAGAGUCAAGGAACCAGUGUCAUUGGAACCUAA